AGGAGUUUUCUUUCUGGUCUAGGAGGAUACAGAACCCUUGACCUCUGUCUGGACAGUGCUGAUUGGCCCUGUGCUGAUCACAUGCACCCUCCCGAGCAAAAAAAAAAAUGAAAAAAACCUCUCUAGCAAUACACACCAAACUGAGCAUGUGCAUAGGGUCUCCACACGAUAGGUCUCAUGGAAGAAGGGGAGGAUCAGAGAAGUCAGGAUCAAACAGCAUUUUUACACAAUGCAGAGGAUUACCCCUUAGGUUUCACAGUGAGUAUAUCAAGCAUGCUUUACUGCAUAUACAGACUGAUUUUACUGUUGUGGAUUUAGUAACACUU